UGUAAACGUACUUGACGUCGUGGCUGUUGGCUAACAACAAUGAGGAUGGGUAGCUAUAUAAACUGGGCUGUUAUUUUUAACUAAUCUAAACCGAGAUUGCAGCUUAUCCACUGUUGGAACUGGAUGCAGAGACAACUCAUUUUAUUAGCUCACAAGACUGUGUGUGUCAGCCUACACCCUCGUGGACCACUUGUGAGGCGCCUUUGUCUGUGGAACUUGCACAGAGCCUUUUCAGUCCCCUCAUGCUUUGAACAUCAUCUCCCAUCUGUCCGUGCCUUUAAUUCUUCCCAGGACACUCGUCAAUUCGUCUCAUUGUCACAUAAACACAGUCGUCUUAAAAACAAUUUCCCUCAGCUUCCCCCUCGUCAGCGUUUCUCCACCGAGCCAGACAUGGCAGAACAGAGGUUCCUUGUGGAAUACGCCAAACGCGGAACUGCAGGAUGUAAGAAAUGCAAGGACAAAAUCCAGAAAGGUAUAGUGCGCAUAGGGAAGAUUGUGCCAAACCCUUUCAGUGAGUCUGCAGGGGAGAUGAAGGAGUGGUAUCAUGUGAAGUGUAUUUUUGAGAAGCUGGAGCGGGCCAGGGCCACCACAAAGAAGAUCGAGGACAUCACAGAUCUGGAGGGCUGGGAGGAGCUGCAGGAUGAGGACAAGGAGCUCAUCAAUAAACAUGUUUCAGACCUGAUGGCCAAAGUCAACGCCAGUCCAAAGAAGAAGGUUCAGGCCAAGUUAAACACCACAGGCCAGCUCAUGGCUCCUCCUGCUGACCCUUCUGUCAAUGCUCCACGAAAGUUCUCAGGAUUCACUGCCGCUAAAGCCGGCAGCUCCUCCAGCAGCCCCGGACCAUCCACACCUCCUUCCAAAGCCAGCCAAGGCAGUGCCCUGUCCACCCAGCUCUGCGACCUCAACCACAAAGACUGCCUGUUCAGGGAGUUCCGUAAGCUGUGCGCCAUGGUGGCAGAGAACGCCAGCUACAACGUCAAGACACAGAUUAUAGAGAAGUUCCUAAAGAAAGGCUCAGGUGGAGAUAAGUUCCGUGGAGAUCUGUUUCUGACAGUGAAACUCCUUCUGCCGGGUGUGGUGAAAAGUGUCUACAACCUGAAUGACAAACAGAUCGUCAAACUCUUCAGCCGUAUAUUCAGAUGCAACCAAGAUGAUAUGGUGCGCGAUUUGGAGCAGGGUGAUGUGUCUGAGACAGUGAGGAUGUUCUUCGAGGACAGCAAAUCAUUUCCUCCAUCUGCCAAGAGCCUCCUCACUAUCCAGGAAGUAGAUGCGUCCCUGACCCGGCUCGCCCAGCUGACUAAGGAGGAUGACCAGCAGAACGAGCUGGAAGUCAUCGCCAAAAAAUGCACCAGUAAUGACCUGAAAUGCAUCAUUCGACUUAUAAAGCAUGACCUAAAGAUGAACGCUGGAGCAAAACAUGUGUUGGAUGCUGUGGACCCAAACGCUUACGACGCAUUUAAAGCCUCACGAAAUCUGGGUGAUGUCAUUGAACGGGUGUUGAGGAAUCAGCAGGAGGCAUCUAACGGUUCAGGACCCAGGAAGCUCCUGACUAUAGAAGCCUCGCUGAUGACCCCUGUUCAGCCCAUGCUGGCAGAGGCUUGUAAAUCCGUCGAGUACGCCAUGAAGAAAUGCCCCAACGGCAUGUAUUCAGAGAUUAAGUAUGACGGGGAGCGUGUCCAGGUCCACAAGAACGGAGACAACUUCAGCUACUUCAGCCGCAGCCUCAAACCGGUGCUACCACACAAAGUGGCUCAUUUCAAAGACUACAUCCCCCAGGCGUUCCCAGGUGGCCACAGUAUGAUACUGGAUGCUGAAGUCCUCCUGAUCGACACAAAGACAAGUAAACCACUGCCGUUUGGGACUUUAGGAGUACACAAGAAAGCUGCUUUCCAAGAUGCCAAAGUGUGCCUUUUCGUUUUUGACUGCAUUUUCUUCAACGGUGUGAGUCUGAUGGAGAGGCCUCUCUCUGAACGCAGGAAGUUCUUACAUGACAACAUGGUGGAGGUCCCCAACAGGAUCCUGUUCUCUGAGAUGAAACACGUCACUAGGGCAGCAGACCUGGCUGAUAUGAUAACCCGUGUCAUCAGAGAGGGACUUGAAGGACUAGUGCUCAAAGAUAUUAAGGGCUCUUACGAACCAGGGAAACGUCACUGGCUGAAGGUGAAGAAGGACUACUUGAAUGAAGGCGCGAUGGCAGACACGGCUGACCUGGUGGUUCUCGGGGCUUUCUACGGAAAAGGCUCCAACGGGGGCAUCAUGUCCAGCUUUCUAAUGGGCUGUUACGACCCUGACUCGAAGAAAUGGUGCACCGUCACCAAGUGCUCCGGAGGCUACGAUGACGCCAUGUUGGCCCGACUCCAGAAGGAGCUGGAUGUGAUCAAAAUCAGCAAGGACCCAAGCAAAAUCCCUGGCUGGCUGAAAAUCAUCAAGAAUUAUUAUCCAGAUUUCAUUAUCCGUGACCCUCAGAGUGCACCAGUCUGGGAGAUCACUGGAGCAGAGUUUUCCAAAUCUGAAAUGCACACAGCGGAUGGCAUCUCAAUCCGCUUCCCCCGCAUGACGCGCAUCCGUGACGAUAAGGACUGGAAAACCGCCACCAACUUACACCAGCUUAAAGAGCUGUACCGUAUAUCAAAAGAGAACUGCGACUUUCAAGUGACAGCCGGCCCGUCCACGUCCAAUGAUGACAAAGGCUCAUCGGGAGGGGACAGCGGAGGAAACUCCCCCUCCUCGUCUAGAGCCAGCGCUCCACCCAAGAAGACCGGUAACAGUACUCCAGCUAAACCAAAGGCUGUAAAAUCACAGCCUCGUACACCUGGACCAGAGGCAACAACUGCCAAGAAGGUGAAGAAGAUCGAAGCCGUUCAAAGCAAUGGACAAAGUAAGACCAAGCCCACGUCUCAGCUGCUGGAGCCGAGGAACGACAAGACGCUCCUGGACAUCUUCAGUGGUGUGAAGCUGUUCCUGCCGGUCUCGGUGCAGGACUUUGACAAACUGAGGCGGUACUUUGUGGCGUAUGACGGCGACCUGGUCCCAGACUACGACGCCGCCUCGGCCACACACACGCUGGCUGAACCAGAUGAGGACAGCCAGGCCCAGAGGGUCUCACCCAGCUGGAUCUGGGAGUGCAUCCGCAAACGUCGAGUCGUACCUCCCUGCUGAUCGGACGCCGUUACCCAUCUGAUGACAAAAGACGACGCAGUGUGUUCAGCCAUAUCAGUACGGGUAUCUCUUUGUACCGUGUUUGACAAGACUGUCUCUGGUCACUACAUUUAUGUACAAACUCUGUUUUUUUAAUUUGGAAAACAAUAGGGCUACAUUUCAUUUGGGGUUGUAGGUUUUUUUUUUAAUUGACUAAUUUUUGCUCAAAUAUAGAAGUAGUGUUUGAAGUUAAGACGAUGUCUGAGUCGUUAUUGAAACGACUACCUGUUCUUCAAAUCAUGACAUAUUUUAUGUUUUCAGUUGCAUACAGAAUGAAAUUAUGCAGCUGAACCAAGAUAUGGGAUCUGUGGUAUUUUUAUUGCCUCCAUGAAACACGUGUUGUAUUUAACGUCAGCUCAUGGUGGGAGCGCAACCAAAUCAGUGGGCCAUUAGGAAUAAACUAAACUGAUAACGCUAAUAAAAACGUCUCCGUACCAUCA